AUGGAUUUCAUCAAGACCAGUUCCCUGCGUGCUCUGAUUGAGUUAACUUUCCAACGCAACUGGAACGGCCUAAUUUGGAUGAGUAGAAAAGGAGUUAUAACCAAAAGAGUGAAGACUGUCCAGACGGCUCUAUCGAGAAUCAGCGCCCAACCGCGCAGUCCGGCUGGCCGAGGAACGAUGUUCCGCGCUCGGCCAAAUCAUAUCCGUCCGUCUGAAGUCUCGGCCAAAGUCCAAACCGGCCGAUCACGCAACACGACCCGGGAAACAUUGUCCCGCGGUCGGCCAAGCCAACGUCACGCCACGCCGCGCACGACCAGCCGCGCGAGCCGGGAACAAGCCUCGCGGCCGCGCAACCCGUUCGCGUACCACGGCCGAUGCAUCCGUCCGAGCCGGGAAAGAACGUCCCACGUCCGGCCGAGAACAUCGGCCAAAUCUUUCCACCGACCAGCCGGCCGACCGUGA